UGAGGAGGAGGAGGAGGAGGAGGAGGAAGAGUAACCGGACACCGGCUCUCAGAAGAGCAGCUGUCCGGUCAGAGUGCAGCAGCAGCGGCGACUGAAGCAGAGAAACACCGGGAGUCUCUGCUUCUUCUCACCGACUGUGACGCUUUCACAGCCGCUUUCACAGCCGCUUUCUCCUCCUGCUCCUCCUGCUCCUCCCGCUGCUCCGAACACGAAUAACGGAGUUACCGUAAAGUUACCGACACAGGCCCUGAACCGGAACUAUGAAGAAGAACAACACCGGGAAACGGGGUCCACAGGAAGCAGCUUCACAGAACCUUCAGCCUGAUAAAGUGGGCUGGAUCAGGAAGUUCUGUGGCAAAGGGAUCUUCAGGGAGAUCUGGAGGAACCGCUUUGUGGUUCUGAGAGGAGAUCAGCUGUUUAUUUGUGAGAAGGAGGUGAAGGAGCUGGGCCGUGCGGAAGAAGUUCUGGAUCUGUGCCACUUUGACCGCUGUGAGGAAAUUCUGAAAAACAAGAGUCGCAGCAAGAAGAACCUGAGCAAAUUUAAACUGCAGCGCUCACACACGUGUGUCCCUGACCUGGUCUUCUUGGCCGUCAGUCCAGAAGAGAAAGAAUUGUGGAUCAGUGUCAUAAACGGUUCCAUCAUCAGAGCCAAGAACCGGAUCCUGGACGAGGUGACGAGUGACGAGUCUCAGCUUCUUCAUCUGACUCGACAUCGAGCAAAGAUUCCUCACAACAGACGACUGCCGACCAGAGGACACCUGCUGGCCGUGGCCUCGUCCUCCUCUUCAGAUGGAACUCUGACUCUGGAUCUGAUCCAGGAAGAAGACAUUCCGUUUUGCCGGGUCAGUGUUUGUGAGGACCUUGAGCUGGACCGCAGUCCAGACUGUCCCAGGUCCAGAACCAACGGUGCUCUUUUUCCCAGGACCACUGAGGCUUGUGGGAAAUCCCGGAGUCUUCCUCGUGAGGUGGUGGUGGAGUGGGAGCAGACGACGACAGAGAAGAACCGCUGCACCUCCAUGGACCAGAUCUUGUCUCACUCAGACAAUGAAACCACUAAGAACAGGACUGUGGUGAUGCCCCACCCACAGCCACUAACACUCCGCCCACAGACGUCAACACCGCCCGUAGACCUGCUGCAGGAGCUGAUCGAUCAGAAGCUGCGCAGGACAGAGCAGCUGCUGGCUGAGGUGAGGGUGGAGGAGGAGAAGGAACUGUCUGAAAGUGAGAAGCUCCUGAAGGAGGCAGCGGCCGCCUGGAGUCAUGCCCACGAAGUUCUGGAGGAGGUGAAGGAGCUGAGGACACUGUACCAACAACUGAACUCCUCCUCCCCCUCCAUCACUGUGUCCAACAACGACAACAAGAGUCUGAUGUGAAGAGGACGUGUGGACAAACUGGUCGUCAGGAGGACGUGUGGACAAACUGGUCGUCAGGAGGACGUGUGGACAAACUGGUCGUCAGGAGGACGUGUGUACUUGUCCUUGGUCCAGUACCAUUACAACUUCUGUUCAGCUGCUGCUUCACAACUGAAGAGAAACCAGAACAAACGUCCACGUCUGACUUCACUGAGGGUCAUGUGACGUAAAUGUCGUCAUCAGCUGAGUCACAUGACUAGACAACCGCGUGGACGCACCAGGCACGACAACAGAGCGUGUGGGACCUAGCACCUAACCCCAAACUCCGCCCCCUCAUCCGAAAUCACACCCACAUUGCUACAUUUUGUCCUUGAACGACAGUGACCUCCAAUGUUUAAAACUGGUACUGCAGUCUAUUCAAAACACAGACACACACCCUGUCUUGGGGGUGGAGUGGCUCAGUGGUUAAGACCCUACCCUGUGUGCGAAAGACAUCAUGGUCACAAGUUUGAUCCCACCCCGGCUGAUUGUACUCAAUUCCAUUGUAAGUCGCUUUGGAUAAAAGCGUCUGCUAAAUGACAUGUAAUGUAAUGUAAUGUCUUCUUUCCCUCGUCUUCUGCUGUCCUCUCUCGUCUUCUGCUGUCCUCUCUUGUCUACGUUUUUUUCAGACUUUCCUGACGUCCAGCUGCUUCGUUAUUGGCUGAGUGGAAGUGGGGGCGGAGCUACAGUAACAGCAGAAGUUUCCAGACGAGUCAGUUCCGCAGAAAUGAAAACACGACUGUGAUUGAUCAGUGAUCAGCUGAGAAGCCCCGCCCCUUACGUUUACAAACCACUAAUGACACUUUGUUGACUCUUUUCUAUUGAUCACUUUAAUGAGCUGUUCUAGGUUCAGAGAUGAAGACGCCCCCUGCUGGACACGUCUGUGUCACAGAGGACACGUCAGUGGACAGUGGAUCAGUUCUGAACUCACAAAGCGGUCAAUACAAACAAACAACAAUAAAAUGUUUUAAAAACAUUAAUAAACAUUUUUUUAAAACAUGAAA